AUGUCAUCGGCGAACGACUUGGAGACCCUCGAGACCCCGCACCUCUCGCUGGAGCUCCUCCGAUACGGCCACCACUUCCACUCGCUCGUCGCCAAGGGAUCAAAGCCGGACGCGAAGCCAGUCGAUGUCCUCGCCGGUUUAGCGGACCACACCGCGUACCACCACUCCGUCGGCCGUGGCUUCCUGAACCCGGUUGUUGGACGUUAUGCGAACCGCCUGCCGUCGGGGGAGACGAAGCUGAACACGGGCGCAGCGGUGCAACUCGCAGGAGCUGAAGGAGUCUGCCUCCACGGCGGCUCCGAAGGACUCGACACCCUCCCUUGGAUCCCUAUCGCCCGCCAAGACUCGACCCUCUUCCCCCUCGAAGACGAAGACCACCCCAUUCCGCCUCCUCCCUCCGACCCUGACGCGCCCAUUACCGAAUCGUCGUCGGUUCACCGCCUCAUCUCGCCUGGCGGAGCAGACGGUUUCCCUUGCUCGCUCGAGAUUGAGGCGCUCGUCACUGUUUACGCGCCGAAGGGUGAGAAGGGAGUGAAGACGGAGGCAGAGGUAAAGGAUGGACGCACGCUUGGAAAGGUCAAGGUCGUCAUGCGCGCAAAGAUCCGCGAGGAUGGCGAUGAGGACAUCUCGAAGGGCACGCCGGUCAACCUGACGGUCCACUGGGGCUUCCGCCUCGACAACUGCCAGGACUCUGACGCGCUCAAUCACUACCUCUAUAUGGACUCCGACAAAAUCGUCGCACUCGACGACAAGGCUCUUGCGACGGGCAAGAUUGACCCGAUCAAGAAGGGCGACGCGCUCGACUUUUAUAGCCAGGGACGCGGAGGGCCGCACAGGAGGCUUGGCGACAACUACCCGUCUGGAGGAAUCGACCUCAAUUUCCUCCUCUCGCAUACGAGCGACCUUGCGGACCCGCCUCCCAAGCCUCACCUCCCAACCUCUCCGCAAGUGAUCCUCACCGCCCCCUCCUCCGUCACCUCCUCAAACCUCCCCCGCCUCUCUCUGCGCUUCACGUCCUCCGCUCCGACCGUUCAGGUUUACACCGCCGUCGGACUCGACUCGAACGGACCUGCGCGCAAGCCCAUCCAUGGUGGUCCGACGGAGAUCAACACGACUGCUGAGACGGGUGAGAAAGCUCGCUCGGACGGCCAGGGGUACCCGAAGGACGGUAUCGUCUUCCUUGAGUUCCAUCACCCGGUUGGGACGGUCGUGCACACGGCGAAGGAAGGCUUGGAGGGGGAGACGGAGCUAGGGAAGUGGUUGAAGGAGAGGGCGCAAAAGCUUGGUGUUGACAAAGACGGAGACAGGAGCUGGGAGUACGACACGGUGCUCAGGAAGGGGCAGGUAUACGAGAACAGAACCGAGGUCGAGAUUGUAGAGCUGUCGUCGUGA